CCCGCUAGGCAAGAGGAGUGAGCAAAGAGGGUUGGAAGUUGCCCCAGGGCCGGGAAGAGAGUUUCGGCCAAUAGCAAAAGGAAACAAAGACCUCAACAGCAAUCUGAUCAAUUACAGAUAAGACCGAAGAACCAAUGAAAGCAAGAGACAUACAGAUAAAGCACGUUUGCUCUUGAAGGCGGCGCUGCUCUUGGCACCGUACGCCUUUUUAUGCUGUAAUGGGGAACAAAUAAUUAUUUUCCCACAAAAGUUCACAUCGAAUGAUCGCACAUUUCCACUGUUUUGGAUUACGCCUAUUGUCCAUGGCGCAGCGUCGGACUCGCCGUUUGGAUUCGUCUCGUUUUUGAAAGCGCGAUCAGAAAGAGUGGGAGACAACUUGUGAAAAGACGCGGAGAGAACACAAUCUAACGAACGUAUGCAAAUAAAUCAAGACUAACCUGAGCAAAAGAGGGAACGGAUACGCUUCUUAAAUCGACCGCUCGAUACUCCGGAGCGAUACCCGCCUCCCCACCCCCCGUCAGCAAACUUUACCGGCAGUAUUCCUGCCCCUACCCCGAUCGGAGAAUAUGCACGGUCCUUUGUGACAUCUGACAUCUCUCUGCCCCCUAACCAGUGUGGCUGGGAGGUGGGAGGGGCCAGAACAAUGUCUGUCCCUGAGCCCCCUAUCCAGUCUCAGGACUCUGUCUGUCAGAUACCGGACCGCAAACCGCGGCCCAGCAUCCCGAAAAAGCCCGACUCCGAGAGCCUGCCGCCGGCCCAGUCGCCUAAAGAGGUCUCCAAGGUCGCGACCUCUGGGAAUGUCAAGAACAUCGUGAGCAAGUUCAACCGACAGCGCACCUUCGGAGAUGAGCAGCCUACAGAGGGUGGGAUGGACCCUCCGCGUAAGCCCAAGAGGGCCCCAACUGUCAGGCCUAAGCCCAGAGUUCGCAGCCGGUCCGCGCGUGCGAGCCAGACACCCCCACUGCCCGCCAGGAGGAGCCGCAUCUUCCAGAAGAGCUCUCCAGAGGCUCCGGUGGAAGCUCAGGUGACAGAGCCCCCUGCCAAACAGCAUGAAGGCCGGCAAGCCCCAGAAGGCAAGGAGGUGGAGUCUCCAGUGGCUGGCACAGUGACGGAGGAAGUGGAGCCAAGUCUGGAGAUGCCCAGUAGUCCAGCUUGUAGUAAGGACUGCAGCUGCAUUUGCCACCUAAAACGGCCCGGCAUGAGGCUGGUAUGGAUACUGGAGGAUGAGGAGGAGGAGGAAGAUGAGGAGGAGGAGGAGGAGGAGGAAGAUGAGGAGGAGGAGGAGGAUGAAGAGGACAAGGAAGGGGAGGAAGUUGAGGAGGUGGAAAGUGAGUAUGAGGAGAUCAUUCUUGAAAAGGGAGAGUCUGAAGGAAAGGAGAAGAAGGAUGGAGAAGAGGGAGCUGAGGAUGGGGACACAGCAUCUGAAGCAGAGGAGAAGACGUGUGGGCCACAGCCUCUAGACAAAGCAAGCAAGCAGAAGUUCUGGCAUACCUUGGGCUAUGUGAUUAAGAAGAAGAGCAUUUCAGGUACCUCUGAACCAGGGGUCCAGGAGCCUUUAUGUGUUAGUAUCCCGAGCCUUACUGUGCCUGAGGAAGACAACAUAUACGAGGAUGUUCUGGAGUCUAUUCAUGUGCAACCGAAAGUAAACCAUCCAGGUCAAAGUCUUCCAAACCCCAAGACCCACCCAGAACCUCUGGAGGCAGGGAACGACCCCGUGCCACCCAUUCCUCCCCGUGUGCCCCUCGUUCAUGACAAGGCCAGUAACCACCGCCCUGUGCCUGGUGGCAUCUUACUGCCGCAGCUGUUCCCAGACGAUCGUCGGAAUUUGCGUCCAGUAUCUCCCGUGGACCGGAGCCAAAGUGGCAGCCAGGCCCUCCGGCCACAAGCCCAGACCAGCCCCCUCCUGCCCCCCCGAAGGUUUAAGGAACCAGCACCUCGAUCCAGCCCAGAUGGCAGCAGCUUUAACUCUCUGUCUGCCCAGUCUGUCGCGCAGCUUGACAAUAAAGAGGAGAAACCAGAGGAAGAGGAAGUGGACAGUAAACAGGAAUGGUCAAAGUUGGCUCUUUCUCGCAAGAUGUCUGAAGACUGGAAUUCGCAGUUACAAGAUGAACCGCUGUACCAAACGUACCGCGCCACCGUCAUCACCAAGGAGAUCCGUCGGCAGACCGUUUGCCGCAACAUCAGUAAGACGAGUGCGGAUUACGUCAUGGAAUGGGGAGUCCACAACAAUGAAUCCAAGGCUGCUGGCCAGAAUACCUUGUGGCAAAACCUGCCAAGUGUGAAGUCGAGUGGCAUCCUGAAGACUCUCAGCACGGCAGAAUGCAAGUAUCAGGAGAGCGUGUUUGAGGUACUGACGUCAGAGGCCUCGUAUCUGCGAUCCCUGCAAGUGCUCACCGACCACUUCCUGGAGUCGCGUGACCUGGAUGAGACACUCAUCGUCCACGACAAGAAAACCCUCUUCUCCAAUAUCCUGCGUGUGAGAGAGGUCAGCGAAAGGUUUCUGAAGGACCUAGAAGAUCGGAUGAAUGAGUCUCUGGUGAUCUCGGACAUCUGUGACAUCAUCCACUAUCAUGCUCAGCACAACUUCCCUGCCUACAUUGACUACGUCCGAAACCAGAUCUACCAAGAAAAAACCUACAGUAACCUUAUGCAGACGAAUGCGCAGUUUGCAGCUAUAGUCACUCGGCUGCAGGAGCUGCCCCAGUGCCAGAGGCUGCCACUUAUGUCCUUCCUGCUACUGCCCUUCCAGCGGAUCACCAGACUAAAGAUGCUGAUUGAGAAUAUUCUGAAGAGGACCAAAGAGGGAACUAAAGAGGAAUUAUCAGCUUCCAAAGCUCUCAACUCAGUAUCUAAGAUCAUAGAAGCUUGUAAUACUGAGGUGGGGAAAAUGAAGCAGGUGGAGGAACUCAUCCAUUUUUCUAAAAUAUUGGAGUUUGAAAAAAUCAAGGCUAUACCCAUCAUCUCACAAAAUCGAUUCCUGGAAAAGAAUGGAGAGCUUCAGGAGAUAGCCAAGGGAAGCACCCUGUUUAGUCUCCGACCCAAAUUCACCCCCACCUCCCUCUUUCUCUUCAAUGAUCUCCUCAUCAUUGCCAUUAAAAAGAGCUCAGAACGUCAUGUUGUGAUGGACCAUGCCCACCGAUCGCUGGUCCAGGUGCAGCCUGUAACUGAGUCCCCUGCUGGCCUCAACUUGGAGAACUGCUUUUCCCUGACCCUCCUAGAGAACCACCAGGGUCGCAUGUAUGAGCGUUUGUUUAAAGCGCCCUCCCAGUCUGACAUGCACAGGUGGCUUGCUGCCUUCCCUGACCCUGAGAACAUGGAGCGAGAGACAAAUGAGGUGGUCUACAAGGACUGGGACUGUCCACAAGUACACUGUAUAGAGCAGUAUGUUGCCCAGCAAUCAGAUGAACUCAACUUGGAGCCUACUGACAUCAUUAAUGUUCUUCGCAAAACCAAUGAAGGCUGGUAUGAGGGCAUCAGGCUGUCAGAUGGACAGAAGGGAUGGUUCCCUGUGAGUUGUGUGCAGGAGAUCACCAACGAACAUGUCCGAAGACGAAACCUCCGUGAGCGGUUUCGCCUUAUCCAGGCUGCAGAUGCUAUGACAAAAGCACGGACUGGGCCUUAGCAACACCGGACUGCAACAAUGGGCUAACCGGAAUGGAUCCUACACGCCUCAGUCCAGAUUUGGAUUCUAUGAAAGGAACUAUUAUUUUAAGCUUCUGUAGUACUAAACAAGUAUAGUCAAAUCCACCCCAAGUUGUCUACUGGGAAGUGGAAUUAAUGAACUAAGGUUCAACUUCCUGCUGAAUAGUUCAGGUUAUUAUAAGCAAACACAACAAUACAAAUACUCUUUGCCUCAUUCCACCAAUGGCUUCCAGAGACCAGUAAGAGGUUCCUAGUAAAAACCAAUAGCCACAGUUCGAAAACAGGUGUCAGUCUCACAAGGCCAAAGCAGAACUAUUAAGGUGCUACUGUUGAAAUACCAAAAAUACAUCGCAAACAUUCCAGGAGAAUCUUAACAUGUGAGGCAUCUAAACUAACCAGGCAAGCAGGUAAAGCAUUGGCAAAAAAUGUUUUAACUGUGACAACAGUGCUGAUGAAGAAAUCAGGACUAGUAGUUACUGAAUGAACAGAUUUUAAUGCCAGUAUUUAACUGAAGUGGCAAGGAGAAUUACCACAUGAACUGGGUUGUUUCAACAAAAACGUUAAAUUUUUUUAUUUUUUUUUAAAUGAGGGAUGAAAAACUUUGCACAUUUUGGUCAAUAUUCUCUAUGAACAGCAAACCAUGUUUUAAAAGUAUCCAUAUUUUUUAAAAACCUGUUCAAGUUUAAAUAAAAAAAUAAACCUAAAACAGAACCAGUGAAAAUA